AUGUCAGACCUUCGUAUGGAAUUGCUUUGGGUCUCUGUUGUUAUCCGCCAAACUCUCUCGCUUAAGCUUACAGGAGUUCUAGAUGAUUGUUUAUGCGACAUAGAAAGCAUUGAUGACUUCAAUACUUUCAAGAUCUUCCCCAAAAUACAGAAACUGCAAGAACGUGAUUACUUCAGAUAUUACAAGGUCAACCUGAAAAGACCAUGCCCAUUUUGGGCUGAUGAUGGCCAUUGUUCUAUCAAAGAUUGUCAUGUAGAGCCUUGUCCUGAGAGCAAAAUACCUGUUGGAAUUAAAGCUGGGAGCUCUAAUAAAUAUUCAAAAGUGGCAAAUAAUUCCAAAGAAUUGGAAGACUGUGAGCAAGCUAACAAACUGGGAGCAGUUAACAGUACCCUAAGUAACCAAAGUAAGGAGGCUUUCAUUGACUGGGCAAGAUACGAUGAUUCACAGGAUCAUUUUUGUGAACUUGAUGAUGAGAGAUCUCCAGAAAUGCUGAACCCAGAACGUUACACGGGAUACAAGGGGCCGUCUGCUUGGAGAGUGUGGAAUAGCAUCUAUGAAGAAAACUGCUUCAAGCCUCGAUCUGUCUAUCGUCCUCUAAAUCCACUGGCACCUAGUAGGGGAGGAGAUGAUGGAGAAUCUUUCUACACAUGGCUAGAAGGUCUUUGCCUGGAGAAAAGAGUGUUUUAUAAACUCAUUUCUGGACUUCAUGCUAGUAUCAACUUGCAUCUGUGUGCAAAUUAUCUUCUCGAAGAAACCUGGGGGAAGCCCCGCUGGGGACCAAACGUGAAAGAGUUCACUCGCCGCUUUGACCCUGUUGAAACAAAAGGAGAAGGACCAAGGAGGCUCAAAAACUUGUAUUUCUUAUAUUUGAUAGAGCUGCGUGCUUUGUCAAAGGUUGCACCCUACUUUGAACGUUCAGUGGUUGACCUUUACACUGGAAAUGGCCAUGAGGAUGCUGAAUCUAAAGCCCUCUUACUAGAUAUCUUCAGGGAUACAAAGUCCUUCCAUAUGCACUUUGAUGAAAAGUCCAUGUUUGCUGGAGAUAAAAAAGGAGCCAAGUCAUUAAAGGAAGAGUUCAGAUUGCAUUUCAAGAACAUAUCCCGCAUAAUGGAUUGUGUUGGAUGUGAUAAAUGCAGGCUCUGGGGCAAACUGCAGACUCAAGGCUUAGGAACUGCUCUGAAGAUCUUGUUUUCUGAGAAAGAAAUUCAGAGCCUUCCUGAGAAUAGCCCAUCAAAAGGUUUUCAACUCACACGUCAAGAAAUAGUUGCUCUUGUAAAUGCUUUUGGAAGGCUUUCCACAAGUAUAAGGGAGUUGCAGAAUUUUAAAGUUCUGUUGCAGCGAACUAGGUAAUGAAGGCCUUUGCACAACCCAGGAGGGAAGACCAUUCACAGAACUGUGCUGAGCAGAAGGAACUGAUCCUUACAGGACUCACACGAACUGAUAAAAUGUAAAAUCAAAUACCAACUUGGAUAUUUAUGUUUCAACUAGGAAUGGUUAUUAAUUAGAAAAGAUAUUUAUGAAUGAAAUAUAUAGUUUUUAAAUGUGUAAAUUAUGCUGAUCUGUUUAUUUUUCAAGUUCUCUGCUCACAAUUCUGUUGUAAUGAAACUUCAUGUGUUUUCUUUAUUUCCUUGUCUUUUUGAGACAGUUGUUUUAUAUGAAAACAUGUGUUCCU